UUGCCAUUUUGUAACUUUUACGCCCUUCAAAUCUGGAGGCACUGUAUACUCCAUCCUCGGAGAUCAUCAAUGUGAUGUUGGUUAUGAAGUGUGUGGACGAACCAGCCGACAUCAUGCCUAACCUUUCGUAAAUCCUCGGUCUCGACCGUCUCAACCUUUGUUGGUCGGCCUGCCUCUCCCCGGCGUCAUCAUGUUGAAGUUGCGAGUUAUCGCGCUCUGGUCGCGCUCGCUCCACACACCCUCCGCCGUGUUGAGUGGGGCGGUCCCGGCCCUCCAAUUAUCGACACCGCCGCCACCCGCCACCGUGAUUCAGCGCACACCCGCUCUACCCAAUCUCCCCUCAUCGUCAUCGGCCAGUCAAUGGUCGCCACCGCUGCCCGCUCCACCUGUGCUUCUGCGGCUGUCAUCGGCGGCCUUAUCGCCGAGGGUGGCCCGCAUGAGCGGCGCUGAAUCGCCGCCUCCGCCUUCAUCGUCCGCGGACCAGCCUUCGGAUCGCUCGCACGAUUUGCCCUCGGAAGACACGCUGCUCAAGAUGGCGGAUUUCCUGUCCAAGGACAUCAAUAACCUUUUAUUCAAGAACAUGAACUAUCAAAUGUAUCGCCCGGAUUUGGUCUUUGAGAACCGAGUGACGGGCCAAGUCACCCACGGUCUUCAUGCUUAUCACACUCACUAUCGGAACUUUAAGAUUAAGCACCACGUGAAGUACUUUCUGGCCAACACCCGCAGCCAAUCUGUCGUGAUCCAUACCCGCACGGGCGGCAUCGUUAUCAAGUGGCAGGUGCUCGGUCUCAAAAUGUCCAACUUUUUGUUGCAUUACUUUCCCAAGAAACUGUGGCUGGCCCGGAACCGAUUUGAGGCCAUGGAGGUGGUGCAAGCCGGCGUGUCUACCUACUACAUCGACGGGCAGGCCCAAGUGUACCGCGUGAUCUACGACAACAAAGACAAGGACGAGCCCACCACUGACAAGUCCCAAGUGGACAAGAUCAAGGAGCAGCUUCAGAAACUCAAACCCCAAGCCCAACCCGCCGCGCCCGUUAUGUAAACCCUACCCAAAGCGUUGGACUGGCUUCGGAAAUGUCGUUGUUAUGGCCCGUGGCUCGGAUCUCGGGCACGGCGGAUCAGAUGGAAUAAAUCGCGUUAUAUUGUUAGAA